CCACCUCACUUCCAUCAGCAAUACAUAUCGGGCGACGCGACCACCGUCAACAGCCGCCUGUCAGACCAAAAAGACAACACAUUCGCCAACAGGUCGCCUGAACAAGUCACCACUCGAACCCAAGGCUCCUCGCAACCACAUCAUCCAUCAUGUCCCUCCGCAUCGUCCCAGCUCCUUCCCACCCCUCAACCACAACCCCCAACCUCGGCGCCCCUUCCGCCCCAGGCGUCCACGACACCCUCCGCGCCAACCUAAGCUUGUCCACAUCAGCGGCCCCGAAAGCCUCCGCACCAUCCAACACCCUCUCCUCGCAUCCCCUGGAAUCACGUCUCUCGCAAUGGCGCACCCAACAAGACCACCUCAAAAUGGAAAUGUUGAGACGCCAGUUCGGAAUCGCAGAACCGGUGAGACGUCAGAUGGAAUUACAGAUUGUGCGGGCAGGCGAGUGGAGACCGGCGGUGUUUGGGGCGACGGCGGGACUUCAUGCGGAUAUUUUGAGUGGGAGGGAUUGUGAGAUUGGAUGGGAGGAUGUUUUUACUGGGGAGGAGUUGAGGGAGACGGUGGAUUUUCAUGUGGAGAUGGAGGGGAGAUUCAGGAUGGGGGAGUGGUAGAUUGAUUGCUGCUGCGCGGGUGUGGUUACAAGGAAUGAUGGAUGUGUUUUCGAGGGAGACAUGGAAAAU